GGAGCGAUGGAGCGGCUGGAGCGCUGCGGGCGGUGGUGGCGGGCCGCGCUGGCCAACGGGCGGGUGCGCCGCCGCCUGCCCUGGCUGCUGCUCGCCAUCGUCCUCGUCGGGUCCGCCCUCAAGGACAACGACCUGGUGCCCGAGACGCCCCUGCAGAACAAGCGCAACCCGCUCAACGUGUAUUUCGUGAAGGUGGCUUGGGCAUGGACCUUGUGGCUUCUGCUUCCCUUCAUGGCGGUCACCACCUACCAGUUUGCCAAGAGCAAGUUCCGGUACGGCCCCACCAAGAGCGUCUUGCUGGUGCUGCGGCGCCUGAGCGCCCUGCUGGUGGGCACCGCCGUCUGGUACCUCUGCACCGGGCUCUUCCUCUACGUCGAGAACCUCACGGGCACGUGCUCCGGCCCCGCCGGGGGCGGCGAGCUCCGCCGGCCGCCCACCACCAAGCAGGAGUGCCACCAGAGCAGCGGCGUCUGGGACGGCUUCGACAUCUCGGGCCACUGCUUCCUGCUCUCCUACUGCGCCCUGCUGAUCGUGGAGGAGGUGGCGGUGCUGGAGGGCCUGGCCACCCAGCAGAACUCCAAGCUGCGGGCUGUCAUCGACGGCCUCUUUGUUUCCCUGUGCCUCCUCACCGUGAUCUGGGUGUUCAUGUUCCUCUGCACUGCCCUUUACUUCCAUGACUUCAGUCAGAAGAUCCUGGGCGCGCUGAUAGGCCUGGCGGCUUGGUACGGGACGUACAGGUUUUGGUACUUGAAACCCUUCUCUCCUGGACUGCCUCUUCCAAAUGUUCCUCCAAGUUCCAAGAAAUACAGCUACAGCAGAUAAAACCACUUGUGGCGGGGCUGGAUUUUGCUUUCAGCACUGGAGUAGUUGAUUGUAGGAUGGUUACUGUGUCCCCGCUGUACGGUACGAGGUGCUGGGCUGGAGGAACCCAGACUGCAGUCGCCACUGGCUGACAAGUGGCAAUGAGCUUCUUCCUUGGGAGAAAAAAUAUGGCUGCUGGAAGAGACCUGCUCUUGGUUAGCAGCUGCUGGCUGCCCUGCUCAGCAAAGAACUCGGAGCUUGGAUCUGUUCCUCUUGCUAAUGAACGGAGGAGCGGAUCCAAGGCUGACAGAGGCCUUUGCUCUGGUGUCAGAUUAAUUCUCCCUCUUUCUUUUUGGUUUAUGUCUGUCUUAGCUAUCACAGGUGAUCCAAACCUGGCUUUUAAUGCUCCUGAUCAUUGUCUUACAGGGAGCUCUGACAGUGAUGGUGCUGCUGAGUGUUGUGGAAGCCUCAGCAGUGUGCAGCACUGCUGGGAGACUGCAACAGCUCAACCUAACGACACUAAUUUGCCACAAUGCUGCUUAGCUGUCUGCACCUUCUGCAGCAGGGUGCCCCUGAGGUGGAGUGUCUGAAGCAGACGGACUAAAUCCCUGCCUGCCUUUGAAAAUGAAACUCUUGAAAACCAAGCCUUAACUUUCUCCUUAGGUGAAGUGUCUGUAAAAACACUUUGGUCAUUUUAUCCUUGGCAGGGGAAAAAAACCAAACCCCAAGCCCCCUUUCAAUGUUGCUAAAAGCUUUGAUAUGAGAACUGGAGGUUAACUUUGUUUUUAGAUCCUGAGAGUUGCAGCCUUUGCAACAGGGAGCACUUUGUGGUCUGUUCCUCUAGAGAAACAAUGAUGUGGUGUUAAAGCCACAUAGCCUGUAGCUGCUCUUUCCCCAGCAGCCUGCUUGGUAAUGGGUGAGACACCUUGUUUGUCCUAGGAGCUGCAAGCAAGUGUGCUUGAAGCAUUAUUUAUUCCUGCUUAGCCAGCAGUAUCAGUAAGCUGCUUAAUUUUGAUUGCACAUAAAGCUGUGUGGCCACUUUGGAUGUGGCUGAAAACCCACUACUGAAGAGAACACUACUACUAUUAGGUAAUGAAUAGCAGUGAGGUAGGAUGGCUUUACUCAUCAUAUCUGUCAGACAUUUAUCAUAGCUUUUAUCUCAGAAAGCCUUUUAUUAUUUCAUAGAGGCUUGUUGAUGACCCAACUGCACACAGCUCACUUGGCAGUCACAGUGUGAGGCAGCCAGAAAAGGGCUGUGGGCAGGGAUGUGGGCAAUGUCUGCUCCUCUGACAGCAGAUGGCCUCUGGCUGGAGCCUCUGACUCCAAGGGGAUUGUUCUGCCGAGAGCAGGGCAUGAUGCACCGCAGCCUAAUCACAACACGUUCCCUUUUGCCAUCUCAACAGCUCUCUUGCAGCAAGAGAGCAGCAGUGUUUGCAAUAAAUGCAGCAGUGUAAGUUCCACCCUGUGGCCUGCCUCUGAGGAGAGCUGAAUUCACCUGAGUGCCUGCUGAAUUCAGUGGCAAGUGGAAGG